GUGAGCUGCCCCGCCCCCACGUGGGCCUCGGGUCCUAGAGCCGGGGAAGGCGGUGGCGGGAGCAGUGGCUCGGAGCCUUUACGGAGGCAGGGCAAAGCACACAGCCGAUACCCCAGGAGCCUUGGAUUCUGGCUGACUGCCCUGUGCCCCCACUGAGGCCAUACCAUGCAGCCUCAAUCUGUCCUGCACAGUGGCUACUUCCACCCACUGCUUCGGACCUGGCAGGCAGCCACCACCACCCUCAACGCCUCCAACCUCAUCUAUCCCAUCUUUGUCACGGACGUUCCAGAUGACGUACAGCCUGUCGCCAGCCUCCCAGGAGUGGCCAGGUAUGGUGUGAACAGGCUAGAAGAGAUGCUGAAACCCCUGGUGGAAGAGGGCCUGUGCUGUGUCCUGAUUUUUGGCGUCCCCAGCAGAGUUCCCAAGGAUGAGCGGGGCUCUGCAGCCGACUCGGAGGACUCCCCAGCUAUCGAGGCGAUCCGCCUAUUGCGGAAGACCUUCCCCAGCCUCCUGGUGGCCUGCGACGUCUGCCUGUGCCCCUACACCUCCCACGGUCACUGUGGGCUUCUGAGCGAGAAUGGGGCAUUCCGGGCUGAGGAGAGCCGCCGGCGACUGGCAGAGGUGGCACUGGCCUAUGCUAAGGCAGGAUGUCAGGUGGUAGCCCCGUCGGACAUGAUGGAUGGACGUGUGGAAGCCAUCAAGGAGGCCCUGAUGGCACAUGGACUUGGCAACAGGGUGUCAGUGAUGAGCUAUAGUGCCAAGUUUGCUUCCUGUUUCUACGGACCUUUCCGGGAUGCAGCUCAGUCAAGCCCAGCUUUCGGAGACCGCCGCUGCUACCAGCUGCCCCCCGGAGCACGAGGCCUGGCCCUCCGAGCAGUGGACCGGGAUGUACGGGAAGGAGCCGACAUGCUGAUGGUGAAGCCGGGGAUGCCCUACCUGGACAUCGUGCGCGAGGUGAAGGACAAGCACCCUGAGCUCCCUCUCGCCGUGUACCAUGUUUCUGGAGAGUUUGCCAUGCUGUGGCACGGGGCCCAGGCUGGGGCGUUUGAUCUCAAGGCUGCCGUACUGGAGGCCAUGACUGCUUUCCGCAGAGCAGGUGCCGACAUCAUCAUCACCUACUACACGCCUCAGCUACUGCAGUGGCUGAAGGAGUGAGGGGCAGAGUGUACAAGACCCAAGGACUAGAAUUUAGCAGGAUUCCUGGGGCCUUGGAAAAGUGAAAACCAAAGUAAACGCUGCUUUUAGAACUGUGCCCUUGUGCCUUCUUCUGCUCACGUGCUGGUGGUUUCUGUGAGCAUGCUACAUCUUUCCACUGCAACCACAUCCUUACAGCUCUCCAGCGGUUCCCCACCCCUCCCCUGGGUAAGCCCUGAGGCUCACCUCUGCCACCCCCAGCUCCUGCCUCUUGUGUGCCUUCAGCUUGAAAGCAGCCAGGAGGUACUGCGCAGGCUCGUUUAGCCUGGGAGAGGGGCUUGGAAGCAUUAGGGAAGAGGAGAGCACUUGGAUCCUAAGCAGCCCUGGAAACCCCAGGGCCUCUGGCAGCAGAGCUGGGCACUGGACUGAGACCUGGAUUGACAUCCCCGGGUUUACAGUUGAGAUCUGCUGCAGUUCCACUGGAAGGCAUUUCCCAUACAGGCUGCUUGCGAUCUCCUGUUCUACUCAGAGAGGAAUUAGUCAUUAAUGAGCAGAAAUGUUGCUGGAGGAUCAAAAUUCAGAAGCAAAGAGAUUCCCUGACUGUUAGAGAUGCCACCACCAAAAAAGGCUUUUUAUUCCAGAGAGAUUUGUUGAGAACCUGGGCUGGGUGCUGGGGAUACAGCAGGACAGACCUCAGCUUGUCUCUUUUCAUGGAAUUUAUACAAGCAGAGCAGGGGAGAUGGACAACAGCAAGAAAACAGACAAAUAAAGCAGUUAUAAAAGGUAAUAAGUGCUUCAAAGGAAACAAAGGGACUGAGAUAGAGAAUAACAGGGGAGGGUCUUCUUUUGAGAGGGUGGUCAGAGCCCCCUGAGGUUGAGACCUGUGAAGGACAAGGGAAGAUCCUUGCAGAAAAUGGAGGGAGGUGCACUGGAGGCCGUAAGAACCACACGUAUGCAAAGACCCUGCUGUGGGAGGAGCUUAGCAGGACUGUUGGGAGCAGAGGGAGAAGAGGGUAGGUGAUGGGACUAGAGGUUAGACAGGCCAAGGCCAGUUCCCACACUUCCUGGGGAAUUCGGAUUUUUUUUUUUUUUUUUUUUUUGCAUCUGAUGGGAAGCCAACUGACAGAUUUUGACCAAGGUUAUGUGUGUUCCAAUUUCCCAAUUUCUGCCAUGAGGGAGAUGAGGGGCAGAGAGACUGGUUAAGGGGCUAUUGCAGACCCUGGUGAGCAGUGAUGGUGGCCUGGACCAGGGUGGUGGCAGAGGAGACGGGAGGAAAUGUAUGAAUUCAGGACAUUUUGGAGACACAAUUGGCAGAUUUUGCCAGUGUUUUAAAUCAGAGCCCCCAGAUGGAUGUGAAGGAACAGGAGGAAGCAAGGAUGACUGAGUUUCUGACUCGAGCAGCUCUGGAUAGGCGGUUUCAGUCCUUUCUCCUAGAACUAGUGUGACAUAGUGUUUCCCCCUAGUGAAAGUGAAAGCCCACCUAAGGAAGACGCCAGUUUGUAGAUUGGCAGGGAACCCCAACUGUAGAGCCAAGGCAAGUGCAGUUCAGGCCUUAAAACAAUAUAAUUUACUUUAAAAUUCAGAAUUGUAAUCUCCUACAGUCAAACCAGCCCGUUCUUGCUCUCUCGGGUGGUCUUCCCCAGAAAUGUGGCCAGCUCACCUAAAGAUCUCAGCCUGCUUCAGCCUUUUGGGAGGCGGCCAACCAAACUCGGCUUGAAGAAUUGCAAAGCUUCACCUUCCAGGGAGCCUGAGUCUGGAUCUACUCCCUUGGGACCCAAAACACUAAUCAGAGACAAGCCCAUUGACAGGCCUUGGAGCUUAGACCAGAGCCUCUAGCCAUCUUAACUUCUUGACUACCUAUCUCUAAGCUCAUUUCUGGCCCCUGAGCUCAUUUCUGGUCUGGCAAAAAUGACUAGGGUGGAAGGGAAGUCUGUUCCGGGCCAUCCAGACUCAUUAUCACUGAGCAAAUAGGGAGCCUGGCUCUAUUCUAGGCAUAAGAGAUGGGAGGCAGACACUGUCCUCUAGGUACAAACACUCCACAGGAAGCAGGCACCUCUUUGUGUCCAGACCUCCUGGGGGAGCAUAUGGUAAAUGCUGAGCAGAAAGGGCGAUGAGGACCAGGAGGCAGACAUUUGUACCAAUGCCAAUGGUGGCAGGCAUUGUGAAGACAACGUACAGGGAUGGUGAGAGGCAGUCACAAGGACCUAACCCGGUUUGAAGGCUCAGAAAAUGUCUCCCUGAGGAGACUGACGUUUAAGCCUAGACCUGAAGGAUGAGUGGCCAAGGUAGGAUGGGAUUCAGAGAAGAGCAUUGCAGGCAGAGAGAACAGCAGUGCAGAGGUCAAGGCUAGAGGAAUGCAAGUGGGUGCGUGUGUACAGCUGGAGCACAGGGAAGGGUGGAGGAAGAGGUGGCUUGAAUUGACUGGAGAGAGCUACCAGUGUGAAACCAUGCAGUGGCUUAAAGGCUACGUUAACCUUUUGGACGGUAUUCCAAGAGAAAGGGGAAGCUAUUGGAUGGAUUUUAAGCAGGGGAAUGACUCACUCUGUCAUUUAUUAAAAAAGUAACAGCACCAUGGCAAAGUGCAGAUGAGAAAUGGUGGUGCCUGAAUGGGGGGCGACAGUAUGGGUAGAGAGAGAAUGGAUUUAGUAUGUGUUUCAGAGGCUUUUUUUUUUUUUUUGCUUUCAAAGAUACCAUUCUGCUAUCUUUGGAUUACAAUCACAUGUAUAUUAGACCUUUUUUGACUGUGCCCCACAUGAAUGUGCACUGUUCUUUUUCUACUUUCUCUCUGUGCUUCAGUUUGGAUAUUUUCUAUUGAACUGCCUUCUUAGUCACUCAUCCUGUCUUCUGCUGUGCCCAGACUACUGUUAAACACAUUCAGUGUGUUAAUUCCAAAUAAUGUCUUUUUCAAAUCUAGAAUGCCAUUUGAGUAUUUUUAUGGAUUAUAGCUUUUUAAAUUCUCCAUCUCUUCAUCCCUUUUGCCUUUUCCUCUAUUUUCUUUGGAAACCCUGGUGGUGUAGUGGUUAAGAGCUAUGGCUGCUAACCAAAAGGCUGGCAGUUCGAGUCCAGCAGGUACUCGUUGGAGAACCAUACGGGGCAGUUCUACUCUGUCCCAUAGAGUCACUAUGAGUCGGAAUCGACUCGACAGCAAUGAGUUUUUUCAGAGGUAAAUUAGAUGUAGGCUUGAGUUCCUGUGUAGCUGAUAGGCCAUUUACUGAGACGCAGAGGACUGGAGGAAGAACUAGAGCAGGGUUAGGAUGGAGAGGGCAUUCUAAAUUUAGCUUGGGAUACUUUGCAAUGAUGAAGCUUUAUCUGGAGAGGUUAGGUAACUCACCCAAGGCCACUCUAGACUGGGGUCUAGAACCCCAGUCACCUAGAAAACAGAACUAAGAUUUGAACCUAUAUAGUCCAACUCCAAGGCCCCUGGCCUUAACCACUUGUCAUACCACCUCCCAAUAAACAAUAGCAAAAUUACGGGUCUAGUAUAAUGCUGUAAUAGCUUUAGUAAUGGGAAGACCAAGGGGUAGAGUUACCACCAGGCAUCACAGUCUAUGUGAGUGGCACCCUCUGGAGUCAGGACUUGUUACUGACUAUAGACUUGCUGCGGCUCUCCUGGAAGGGUCCUGGAGGCUCUCGCUCCUUCAGGGCCUCAGUCUUCUGCUGUCUGGCCUGCCCUUGCUGAUAGUAAUCUUAUUCUGGGGCAGAGAACUCAGUUUUCACAACCCUGCAAAGCAUAUUAUCACACUCCGAGGCAUCACAGCAUGAAAGGCCUUUCCAAGUGAGACUUGAUUUUCUCGUUUUGCUCUUAGAUAUGCUGCCAGCUUGGACAGGAGCUUGUGUCUUUCUUUUAAGAUUUUACUGACGGCCACAAGAAGUAGCCAACAUAUUCCAUUAUUCUGGCUUUUUUGUUUGUUUGUUUUACUGAGAUUCCUAAAACCUCAACUUCAGUGGGCAUAUAGUUGAGGGCCCCCCCAAAAAACAAAGCAUUAGGCAUCUUAACCAGCCACUUUACAAUUCCCCAA